ACCUCUAACGCGGGCUCGCUUCUCCGCUCGGCUGUGGCAGGGGCAACGCACCUUUGUGUUUCGGUACCGAGGGCCGGGUAGCGGCGCCCUCCUGCACCCAGUCCGGCCCCGCCCAGGGGGCUCCCACGGCCUCCGCACCCCGCCGCCCAUCCCCGCCCCGUCGGGGCGCCUCGGGCCCCGCUGGUGGCGGCGCAGCGCGCACGUGUGGCAGCCACAGGUGCCGCAGCCGCCCGGUGCUCGGCGUCUCUCGCUAUAAGAGCGGCCCAGCCGCCGCCGCCCCGGCGAGACGGGCGAGGGCUGCGGGAGAUGCAACAAGGCGCGGGGAGGCAGGGACCGGGGGCGGCGGGAGGAAAAGGAGGAGGAGGAGAAAAAGGAGGAGGAGGAGGAGGAAGGGGGGGAGACAGCUGAUGCCUGUCAAAGCCGGAGCCGUCGCGCUCUCGCGAGAGCCCGCCCGGCGGUAGCCACGGGAUGCGGGGCUCAGGUGCGGGCAGAGCGCAGCGCAGCGCGCCCGGCGCCGGGCAGCGGCAGGCAGCCGAGUGAGACGGCGGGGGCCGGAGGGAGCCUCGCCGCCCGCUCACCCGCCCACCCCAGCCCCGGCCACCGCGGCAGCGGCGGCGGCGGGGCAGGGUCCGCUGCGGCACCGCCGCCACCGGCUCCGCCACCCGCCGCCGUCCGCGGCUUCACCCGGCAGGAGGAGAGCGCCCGGAGAGCACUUUUCCCCCGACUUUAGGAGUGUUUGUGGAUUUACAUGCCAAGCCUUCAAGAUGAUGUCCAUGAACAGCAAACAGCCGCAUUUUGCCAUGCAUCCCACCCUACCUGAGCACAAAUACCCCUCUCUACACUCCAGCUCGGAAGCAAUAAGAAGAGCAUGUCUACCAACUCCACCGCUGCAGAGCAAUAUCUUCGCCAGCCUCGAUGAGACCCUGCUGGCGCGGGCCGAGGCUCUGGCCGCCGUCGACAUCGCCGUCUCGCAGGGCAAGAGCCACCCGUUCAAGCCGGAUGCUACCUACCACACCAUGAACAGCGUACCCUGCACCUCCACCUCCACCGUGCCCCUGGCGCACCAUCACCACCAUCACCACCACCACCACCAGGCUCUGGAGCCCGGCGACCUUCUCGACCACAUCACCUCCCCCUCCCUGGCGCUCAUGCCCGGCGGAGGCGGCGGCGGGGCCGGCGGCGGAGGCCACGACGGGGCGGGCGGCGGCGGCGGCGGGGCCGGCGGCGGCGGGGGCGGCGGCGGCGGCGGCGCGGGCGGCGGCGGCCUCAUCUCCACCUCGGCCCACCCGCACUCGCACAUGCACGGCCUGGGCCACCUCUCGCACCCGGCCGCCAUGAACAUGCCGUCGGGGCUGCCGCACCCCGGGCUGGUGGCCGCGCACCACGGGGCCGCGGGGCAGGUGGCCUCGGCGGCGGCGGUGGUGGGGGCGGCCGGCUUGGCCUCCAUCUGCGACUCGGACACGGACCCGCGGGAGCUGGAGGCCUUCGCCGAGCGCUUCAAGCAGCGCCGCAUCAAGCUGGGGGUGACCCAGGCCGACGUGGGCUCGGCGUUGGCCAACCUGAAGAUCCCGGGGGUGGGCUCCCUCAGCCAGAGCACCAUUUGCCGCUUCGAGUCCCUCACGCUCUCCCACAACAACAUGAUCGCCCUCAAACCCAUCCUGCAGGCCUGGCUGGAGGAGGCCGAGGGCGCCCAGCGGGAGAAAAUGAACAAGCCCGAGCUCUUCAACGGGGGCGAGAAGAAGCGCAAGCGGACUUCCAUCGCCGCCCCGGAGAAGCGCUCCCUUGAGGCUUACUUCGCCGUUCAGCCCCGGCCCUCGUCCGAGAAGAUCGCCGCCAUCGCCGAGAAAUUGGACCUCAAAAAGAACGUGGUGAGGGUUUGGUUUUGUAACCAGAGACAGAAGCAGAAACGGAUGAAAUUUUCCGCCACCUACUAGGGGUGGGCGGGAGGGGCGGCCCUGGCACCCGGGGGCACCGUGGGCACAAGGGGGGGCCGGGUCGGGGCCUUGUGGGACGCCCACCCACCGCCGCCGUCGCCCGAGACGCCGUGGGAAGUUCCUGGGGACCAAGGGACGAUGUAGAAAUUAAACGUGAAGUACUCGGGGCGGGGGGGGAGGGCGUGCGGGAGGUGUGCGCUAUCAAUUAUUAAAACAAAAAGACACUUGGACACCAACGAGAAGGAGAAGAGAGGAGGUAAAAACGCUCUAGAACCCCGUGGGGGUCAUUUCUGCGGCCCCAUCCCGCCCUCUGCCCCCCCACCCCCCGACAGAAAGCGGGAGAAAGAGCAACUUAAAGCGUAAACACACACAGACACACACCAAUAAAUACCGUGACAGCAACAACCACAAACCGAGAAACCUAAGUCACAACUUUCCGAAGGAAAGCAAAAUCGACCAACAAACCCGGAAGGCGAAACUGUCGGUGAUGACGCUACGUUUGGUUUGGGUCUCUUUUCAUUGCUUUCUGGUUUUCUUUCUUUUCCCUGGCUUGGUAAUGAAUGAGGACCGCGGUGGUUUGGUGUGGGGGGUCUUUUUCUUUGGUUGGUUUGGGUUUGGAUUUUUUUUUUUUUUUUUAAUUUUGGUUGCUGUUGUUUUGGUUUGCUUUGGUUAUUUUUUUUCCUCGAAUGCGGUUCUUCGCGAGGCUUUGACGAUGGGUCUUGUCUGUGCCGGGAGAGUGGUGCGAGUGGGGCCGGUGGCCACAGCCCGGCGGGACAGCCGGACCUCCCGAGGCUCGGGAGCGGUCCCUCUCCUCUCCGCCGUUGCCUCAAUAAUCCUAGUUAGUUCAAGGAAAACAAGCAAACAAAAAGUUACUCCACGGUCCCUUUGUUUCUCUUCCCUCGCCUGCGCGGUUUGCGUUUCCAUCUAUGUCUAAAGACAGGUCCCUGUCUCUGCAGAGAUGUGUCUGGAGAUAGAUGCCAAAACUGCCCGAGCAGGGAUGCUCUUCGAAAGAGUAUGUUCAGACUCAUUAAGGCUCGUGGUUAACUAUGUCCUCUCCCCUCCCUCUCCUCCCCACCCUGUUCCCCACCCCGUGCCUCCCGGCACCUCUGCCAAAUAUGCUGGAUUUAGGUUAGCAACGGGCUGCGGUGGGGAAAAAGGUCCUGCCUUGGUUUCCCCCGAGAGCUCGGGGUUAUUGCACCCAAAAGGCAAAAGAAAUCACCAGUGCAAGGUUUGAAAUGGCAUUUGUUUCUGAGGGGUCUGCAUAUUGCGAACAAACACGCAAAAAACCCCACUCCAUUUGGGCUUAAAAAUCGUUUAUUGUCAAUAAUAAGUAUUAGGUAGAAGAUGACAUUUAGGGGUGUGUGGAGGGGUUCGAUUUGCACUAUCACGGUCUCCCGGAUUGGAAGCGAUGAUGUUAUUCCGUAGUAGCGAUGCUGGUACUACUACUAAUCAUCAAGGUGCAUUAUGUAUCUCGCGGAUUGAAAAUAAAAAAUCAGAGCUUGUUAGGUAAAAAAAACGCCAGCUACGUGCAGAAGCCAUUGCUGGCUCUAGCUGCUGACGAAGGACUAUUAAGGCUUUCAAGUAAUAAGGAAUUUCUGAAAAGAAAAUACCCUCCUGUUUAAACCAAAACAAACAAUAGUCUGAAAUUAUGCACGAUCUAAAAAAAAAAAAAAAUUAAAAAAAAUAAAAUAAAAGAAAAGAAGGCAUAGAAAGAUCCAUUAUAAAGUCUCGAUAUUAUUUAUUUAUUUAUUUAUUUAACUAUUUAUAUUAUUACUAUUAUUAUUAAUUUAUGUAUCAUUGUUUGCAGCGCAAACAUUCUAUGCAUUUUGAAACUGAGCACUAAAUAGACUAGCUUCUGGUAGAAUCUUUUGUGGAUGGUGUAAUUUCACAGUUUAACUGCCUGUUUUCACCGAAAACACGAACAUUCUUGUCACGUUCUUGUAUUUAGAUUUAAAAGAGAGGGAAAAAAAAAAAAGAAAAAAAGAAGAAAAAAAAUAUAAGAAAGACAAUUGUAAAUAUUUUCUUUAAUGCACAAAAGCAAAAGGUUACAAACUGCAACCACGUGUGGAUCCUGAAAUGUCUCACUGAAUAAUCUACCUGUCCAUGUAUGUUUGCUGAGCUUUCUCCUUGGUUGUGUCUUUAUUACUUUUAUUUCUAUCAGAAAUAUUUCUGUACGCCAAAAUACAACAGGGAGAUGCGUCCCAGCAUACUUACAAAUAAAACUAAUGUGAAAGCAGAAUAGUUAUUAUUAUUAUUGGGUGCAUUUAAAAAAAAAUAUUUCCAAGACACGGCUGGUAAAUUCAAAGUGUGGCCGCUAGACGAUAAGACUAAUUCUACCAAAAAGAAAAAAAAUAGUGAGAGAUGUAUUUUUCUGCUAAAUCCAGAAAUCAUUACUUUGAGAUAGGUCUUAUGUGAAAAUCGGUGCUCUGAAUAAAAUUAACUAUAUAUUAGCUGCGUCUGUUUCUUGAAGUUUAUUCUAUAACUGCAGAAUAUAAAUCAAAGUAAAAAUUUAAGAAGGACUUCUGAAGUAUUUCUUUUCAGUUUGCUGGAAAGGAUUAUGCACCUACAAAAUAUGUAUAAAGAAGAAAAGCUUGGGUGGUUUCAGGUUUAUAUGUUGUUCUGACUGGCCUAAUUGCACUUAAUUAUGUAACAAGAUACUUUAUUUUUUAUUUUGGGUUAAUAAAUAUGAAAAUCGUAAACUGAUCUCUCCUGAUGUUGUAACUGCAAUUGUUCAUUAGGAACGUAUAGGAUGCCACCUACUGCUUCAAGUGAUCAAAGAACCUCUUUCUAUUUUCUGAUGACCUGUGACUAGAUCAGAUGCCAAAUGUAAAAAGUUACUUAAUAGCUGGGAUUAUUUCUUCUGUAGACAUAUUUUAGCCAAAUCUUUUUAAUUUCGCCGGUAAAUCUGUGAAUCAAGGAAGCGUGAUGUUCAGAAAAGAAUAAUACGUUCAAAAAGCUGUGAUUUUAAACAACUGUUGAUGUUAAGAAAAAAGCACUAAAGGUAUUUUUUAAAAAACCCAUAGAACUCGUCCACCAGAAAUUGACUCGUUUCUGUUGUUAUUAACUUGAAAUGUCAUCAGAAUUU